AUGAAUAUGAACAAUAUGAACAAAACAAAAGAAAGUGAACGAGAGGUGGGAUUUUUGAGUGGGAAUUUUGGGAGUGAGAUUGGUUUAGGGCUAGGGGUGAAGGAGUCAGAGAGGAGUUUGACAAGUGAGUGAUUGAAGUGGAAGGGAGAUAAGGGAUUGUAUGUAGGAAAGAGAAAGAUUAAGCUCAAUUUGAGAUAUAAGUCUUUUAAAAAUAAGAUUUCCAAGAAAAAGAAGGAAUCGAAGAAUAAUAUAUCUUUCAAGUCUCUAUUCUUUAAUCAAAAGUUAGUCGAUACUCAAAAUCGCUCGAUUUCCAAAUAAAAUAGCGAUGAAUGUGAGCUACCUCGAUAUUGUCAAUAAGAAUAAAGAUGGAACUGACCGCAAUAUCCUCUAUAGAGUUCCCCACAAGCAAUUCAAGAACAACUUGUUCAACCACCAGAGGGCGAAGUCAAACACAAUUACCAAAAGAAUCCAUCUGAACAGGAAAUAUCUCCCAUCAUCAAACAUGGGCUACCCUACGAAGGAAAACUCUGAAAAUUCCUUACUGACCCAAGUGAGGCUAAAUAAAUCAUUAUCUGGAGUUUAUCAGCAAUUUGAUGCAUCUAGCGGCUCCAAAAGUCUCCAAAGAACAGCCUAUCAAAAAUAGAAGGAAUCAUGAUAACCUAGAUGCUGAUAAAUAUUGAGAAUAUAACCAGGAUAAUCAGACCAAGAUAUUUCCUGAUUGAACUAUGAAUUGCUUGUAUUACUCACCGAAAAUGAAGCCUGUUAGAUCUAACUUUCAAAGCUCAACUCUUGACUCUCCUUCUCUGUUGGAUGGGAUAAAUGCGAAAGGGAUUACACUGGAGAAUAGACACAAAGCGCUAGAAAGCCUAAGCACGUUCCUUGCUCAAGACAAAAAGAUGAAUAAUUCAUGCACAAGUCCUAUGGUCAAAGAGCCUAUUCAUGCUAGGCUUGAUAUCAAGGUGACUAAGACUAGCCUCCUCAAGACUUGUGAGAAAUCUAGAGAGCCACUUGAAGCACUUGAAAUGAUGAGCUUUACUAAUGAUGGUAGCUCAAUGUGGAAGUAUACCCCGAUGGGACAGACAUUUGAUGUUGAUAAGAUUCAUUCAAGAAGAGAAGAGCCUCCCAUUGGAGACUUUCAAGACCUUAAAAAUAACGACUACUCAAAAAGCACCUUGUCUAAAGAUCACAAGCAUGAAGAAAUUCGGAAUCUGAACUUCAUCCGAAGCGUCAAAGAAGAUGCUAGGAGGAGAAGGAUUAACUACCCUAACAACAAGACCGAUGUUGCCAUCGAGACUGAGAAGGUUAUCCAAAAUGGAACUGCCUUCAUUAGGCUCAAAGAUUUUCAAUUUGAUAGCUAAUUUUCAAUAGUAA